AUGGUGGAAGGAUUAGUUAGAGACGAUGGUUUAGCUUUGUCUCCGCGAGUUACUGUCAAUGGCGAUAGUUUGAGCUUUACUUCUGCUCCGUGCGUUGCGGAAGGCACAUCACCAGCGGGAACCACGGGUGGUAUUACUGCUCGAAGACCCUUUCUUGGUUCUCCCGGCGAUGUAGACACUACCGAUGAGGAGGAUAUGGCGUACGAUUCGUCAGGACUGGCGAUACCGCGGCUGCGGGAGUCGAUGACGCCCUGGAGAUCCGUCGAAGGCAAGGCCAGGAAGGAAGGCAAGCGACGCGCUUCGCGGUCUGCUACUUUAGUAGAUGGCGCGUCGCCCAGUAACUCGAGGCCAGAUACUAGAAAUUCUCUGUUUUCUCUGGAUGGCGCAUAUACUGUGGCGACUUCGACCACUUGUAACGAUGUAGAGCAACUGCAGAAGCAGUUGACUACUUACAAGUUGAAGGUACGGGCUCUGUUGGAGGUCAUCAAGCAGCUGAACUAUGGCGAUGACGAGCAGAGAAAUAGGGACUCGUUCUAUGGCAAGUUGCUCUCCACGUUGUCGCAGAGCGAAGAGCUUGAAGAACUUAGGAGAAAGUUGAGUACCCUGGAAAACAGCGACUCAAAGAAGCAAACUAGGAUAGAAGAGUUAGAAAAGGAUAUCUUCGAACUGAGCGACAAAUUGGCGGCUACGAAGAACGAGCAUGCAGAAACUUUAGAAUAUGCAAAUGAAUAUCUCGAGCACUCAGAGCUACUUGCCAAGAAAAUAGAUGAGAUGCUCAAUCUGUUACUGGAAAACGUCGAGUUUUCUGCCGAGGAGCGCGAUGCUUUGCAAAAGACCAUUCAAAUAUCUUCUUCAUUUGCCAUGGUUAAGAUGAAUGCGCUUGUAACGACAUUUGGCAGAGUUUUGCAAGACAUGAAAUCCUCCGCUUCCCAGGCGGAAAUUGAGGAGAAUCACGGCCAAACCAGCGUUGCUGCUGUGGAUGCGAUAGCCAACAGCACUGAAGCCAACGAUACUAACGAAAGUGUAAUGGCGGAAAAGACAUUUGAGUUUCCAGUAAACGAAUCAGCCAUGGAUACACGUUUGGAGAUUGCCAUAGAAGGUCUGCAUCAGGAAUAUGAUAAGUUUUUCCACGGCAUACGUUCCAAGAUCGAAAGAUCUGCAGAUUUAGAGAAACUCCUCCUGAGCCGUCUUUCUCAACAGGAUAGAUUAUUGAACCGCUUAGCGGGAAUGAGCGAAUCUAAAGCUUUGGAGCAGUCCUUGGAAAGGCAUAAAGAAAGUGUUCAGACUAUCGACGGGAAGGAAUCGACUAGCAGAGCUAAUUUGGAUUUAUCGAAAUCUUACAAGGACCAUAUCGAUAACUUAAAUUCGCUUGUACAGGCGAUGAACUCUGCGAUGAGUGAGAAGAACGAAGAACUACAGCAAGUAAAGGAUCAGCUAAAAGAUCAAGAUGUAAUGCGCAAAAACGAACAAAGGCUGAGGACCGAACUUCAAGAAUACAAAAAGCUCUCUAAAUUAAAGGAGAAUAAUUGGGAAAGUUUCGCGAGUGAUCUAGAAAAAAGCUUAGGCAUUCUACAAAUGGAGAAAGAUCAGAUGCUUGAGGUCAUGGAGCAACUCCGAUCAGAUUUACAAAUAAAAGAGUCAAAGGUUGAAGAGCUGCUCAUGGAUGCACAGAGGACAAAUCAAACGGUGCGCAAUAUGACAAAUCUGCAUGAUCAGGAUAAAAUGGAGCUGAAUGAAAAACUGAAGGAUAAAAUACGGCAAGUCAAAGAUCUGCAAAACGAAUGUACUUCGUUGCGAGCAAUGCUUACAGAGAGAACUAAUAGCUUUUCGCUUGAAGAAAAGUACCAAAACGAGUUCGAACGAUUUAAAGACCAUUUAUUGCUACAUUUGGAAAAGGUUUUCACUACUUUAGGGAAAAUUCUGCAGCAGAAGUCUAUUGAUCAAUCUAAGAGGAAGCUUGAAAUUGUACGACGCAUGCAUGGUCCCACUGCCGUCAGGUCAAUGCAGCCUAAACUCGAAUCGCUUUACAAUUUCAUAGAGACAGCGCAAGAGUCAAUUGUUGAAUCGUACACUAGCAUGGUGCUUCUCGAGAAAGAGAGAAAAUCUGAGAGCCAUAGCAGCAAAGAAUUGCAAUUGAGGAUAGAGGAACUGGGCAGAAAGUGGAUAUCCGAAAGGGAACGCCGAAAAUUAGACAUCACUGCAGCUGAGUCCCGCAUCAGUCGCCUAGAAGCUGAGAACGACCUGUUAAGAGAGCAAUUGUAUAGCUCGACAAUCAGAAAGUAA